UACUGAAGCGGCUUUGUUACAGUGCCUACCGGAGACCGGACUAGACUUGCGAUUGUCUCACCUGACGGUCGGACACACGAUCUGACGCUUGUGUCGUGCCGACGGCCAAACGCCAACCACAUUCACUUCGGCAUCUACAGACAGACAGCAAUGAGUGCGAGUUCGAGUUCCCAUUCUAGCAUGGAAGGGAUUGAGAGUCCCGGUGCGCGGCGAGCCAUCAGUUUACUCUUCACUAUUCCCGACCGGUUCUACGACUUCUGCCACCUCGACCAAAAGACCUUCUUCGAGCUCGCCGACUGGAUCAUUGAGCACGUCGCAUCGCAAUUGUCAUCGAAUAUCAGCAUCGAAGAGAGCCUGUUCAUGUUCCUGGAUGUCGUUGCGCGGGGUAACAGCUUCACGAAUGUCGCGUAUGAGUGGGAGCAUGAUGUCCAAUUAACACAGAGUAUAUUCCUCAAUGUGUUGAAUGCUCUGACUGUCCUGCACGAGAGCAAGGAAGUCAACCCAGACAUUGAAGCCGAGGCCCCUUCGUUUAAGCAAACGCUGAAGGCGCGGUGGAAAGGCGCGAGGUCAUUGCGACCCGGUCGAUCAAGGAUGGACGGCCUGAUCAAAAUCGGCGAGGAUGAGAUGGCGCAAGACGGACUCGAAGUCAGUCAGGAGGGUCUGAAGCACGCCCUGGAGGCGCUCAACAACUUCAUCAAUGAGCAGCAGGCCGAGUGCUGAGGCUGUCGUAUUCGUUCUUAUAUGCAUUGGUUCGGCGUUCGGUAACGAUAUGGGUAACGGAAACGGUUUGCAUCGCCUUGGCUGGUAGGACGAAUGGGUCCGUAUGGUUGUCGCAUGGCCUUAACGUGCUGUGCUGUAUGCAGUGUAGCAAUAGAAUCCACUCGAAGAACUC